GCCACAUUUACCAAACGGACGGUAAAUCACGUUGAGGGUCAAAUGUUUUGAGGAUGUGCGUUUAAUAUCAUCAGAAUGUCUAGUUUCUCCAGGUCCGCACAGCAAUGGGCAACUUUUGCUCGUUCCUGGUUCCUAAUUGAUGCCAGGAUGCAGCCCCCUGGAAAGAUCGCCUCUGUGUGUUCUGUCCGUCUGCAGGGGAAACACAAACCUAUUUAUCAUGCACUGAGUGAAUGUGGUGAUCACGUUGUAGUAAUCAACUCCAGACACAUUGCUUUCUCUGGGAACAAAUGGGAACAGAAAGUCUACUCUUCACACACGGGGUAUCCAGGUGGGUUCAAACAGGUCACUGCAGCCCAGCUCCAUCACAAGGACCCAAAAGCUAUCGUGAAGUUGGCGGUUUACGGCAUGCUGCCUAAGAAUCUGCAGCGGCGCUCCAUGAUGCAGCGAUUACACAUCUUUCCCGAAGACGAGCUGCCAGACGACAUUCGAGCGAACCUGACAGAGGAGCUGCCUCAGCCAAGAGAAAUCCCCAGGAAGCUCAGCGAGUACACGCAGGAGGAAAUCGACGCCUUCCCCAGGCUCUGGACUCCGCCGACGGACUACAAGAUGAAAUGAAACGGAGCAUGCCAGACGUGACCGAAGCAGCAAGUUUUCUUCUUCUUUCUUUUUUUUUUUUUGGAUACCAACACAACCAUGUCUUGAACUGCGGUUGUAAAUGUAUCAAAGUGUCACAGUUUCUCGAGUCACGUGUGAAUUUCACCUCGACGCCAACUCCAUCAAGCAAGCCCUCCGCCCUCUCCAUCAGCAGCAUUAGCCUCGACACGACCGCAGCAGGCCGAAUUUAUCCGGGAGCAGCUUGUGAUUUCAGCGCGCGGCUCAGCCCGGAUCAGAGGAAAAAAAUCACUUUCUUUGGGUUUUUCCUCUGAUUAUACAACCAUGAAAUGAUCAGAUCUGGCCCAUAAAAAUGACAUCUGUUGGAGCUGAUCCUGCCUUUGAAGGUUGGUGGGCUCACAGUGAAACCAAUUAACGUGUUACUAUGACAACAUCUGGCCCAUCAGCCGAAAAUGUUGACUCUGGUCGGGACUCCUCAUCCCACGUCUGUGUUUCCAUAGAGAUUUUCUACCUAGAAAUCCGUGCUGUACGAGUGUACUGUAAAAUAGGUUAAUAAACACUUUAAUGAACCUGUUU